CAGGGGGGAGAGAGAGGGGAACGGAAAAAGUACAUCGACUGAGACUGAAACGGAGAGAUCGAAACAUCGGAGAAAGAGAUGGGAACAGAGACAGAGAGACAUCAGAAUUCCAGACAGAGGAGGAAACCCAGAAGCAUGAAGAACGGCCAAAAAGAAGAAAGUAGUGGCAGCAAACGCACAUGGAUGGAGCAUCUAUGUACAUUGCCAAUCAUACAACAUCUUCUCUCCAAGAAGAAAGUGCGAGGAGAGAGAGACUUGAAAGAAAAAGUAGAUCCAGAGACUAAGACUGAAACAAAGACAGUGAGACAUCAGAAUUGCAGAGAGAGGAGGAAGAUGAGGGAACCCGGAAGGGCAACAAAUGGUGAAGAAGAAGAAAAAGAAGGAAGCAACGACGACCAAAAGAUGCUAACUGCGAAAGAUGAUGGCAUAAAAAUCGAGGAAACUAGCAGCAGCAGUGAAAAAAAGGCACAUAUGACUGAUGAUGAUGAUGAGAGAAGAGUAACGAACAUUAAAGAACAAGGAAUAAGUUACAAUAAGUGGUCACAAGUGGGAGAUGAUAUCUUGGGCUUGAUUCUGGAACAGUUAUGCCUCGGUGAUUACCUUCGAACCCGAGCUGUAUGCUCUCGUUGGCAGUCCAUUGUCACUAAAUACGUUGCCAAGAAGCAGUGUCUUCCACAGCCUGAACUGCCACUUCUUUGUCUUCAAACAAUGGACAACCAAAACUUUCCAUUUUUCGUCUUACCCACGGCAAGUGUCUUCAAGUUCAACUACACAGUCCCACCACUCGAAUUCAUCCAUUAUUGCUAUGGCACAGUGCAAGGUUGGAUGAUCAUGAUCGAAGCUUCCCGCAAUUAUUUUGACGUUCCUGAAACCGAUGUUCAGAUCUUCUUCUUCAACCCAGUGACAAAGGCUAAGGUUUACUUGUCGUCAAGGUUGAAAGUGAAAAGCAAAAUUAAAAGAAUUGUGGCAUCGACAAACCCCAAUGACCCAAACUGUGUUGUGGUAUGUAUCUUUUACCUCCAGAAUAUUUUCGCCUUCAGAUGGAUUUCUGAUGAGUCAUGGACUAUAGUCGUUGAAGAUCUUAUGACAAGGAUCACCUUCAUGCACGUAGAGAUUCUCCAUGGAAAAUUGUAUGCUCUGACCAACGAAUCUAAAAAUUCCUUUAAUUUCUUAUGACUUGAAAAAACAACCUCUAAAACCUGAGAUAUUAGCUAGGCUUCCUCUAGUAGUACCUAACAUUAUUAGGACUGAGAUAGUUCCCCCUUGCUAUCUUAAUGAAGUUCGCCCUAGGUACUUUAUAGAAGCUAAUGAUCACAUUCUUAGGACU